CUGAUAAUGGUGAUCGGCCCUGCAAAGUGAAAGAAAAAGAUCAAGGCCUAGUUCGGUCAAAAAUGAAAAAUUCGGUCAUUAUUUAACCUUUUUCACUUUUCUCUUGUGCAGAACAAAAUAAAGAUAGGUUGACUGCCAAACCGAGGCCCAUCGACUUGCAUUGAAAUUGCAAAAACAACACCGAGACAUUUCUCGAAAUGUUUUCUUCUAUGUUUCACAGAAGAAAGAAAUUCAUACAGGCUCGGCGCGCCGCCCGGUGGCAGACCGAGGUCAGACUCUGAUGAAGGCUCCCGUGAUGUGGUCACAGGCUCGCGUCAGCUCGUACGUCACUCACGACACGCGGAUCUCCGGUCUCGCAUCCUCUCCGUGACAGCCUGCUCUGCUCUGCUCUGCCGGCGUGAGGACGCGCCUUCGGCUCGAGAACGGAGCGGCUCCGAGAAGCGCUUCUCUAAGUACGGCGCGGAUCUCGAGCGGCGCGUCUGUCGGAUGAUCGGUGAGACGUUCGCCCGGUCCGCCGCUCGCUCCGUUCAUCAACCAACUUACUGUUAGCUGAAAGCUUUAGCUGGCAGAGAUUACCUGCUUAUAAAGUCAUGCAGUGAUCGAUUUUUGUUUCGAGCAAGGAUAUCCUGACGCGUCUCUUUAUAUCAGGGUUCUGAGCCUGCGGUCAUCUGAAUUGCCAGCGCUGAAGAAUAUGCUUCAUUAAAUGCUAAGUAAAUGGCCUUUGGGCAGUGCCACACGCAGAAUGAUGCGCUUGCUUCAUCCAGUAAUGCGCUAAUGGAAAAGACUUUAUAAUGUCACCUGUCUUAUUUAUGGACUCAAUUCACCUCGCGCUCUGGAGACUUUGACCCUAAAAGUGCCAGAGAAAGCGCUUUCGUUUCCCAAUUUAUUAAUUUUCUUCCUGAAAACAAACCACUCUUUCAUUUAGUAAAAAUGGGCCCUUUUAUAUCUCCUUUUAAUAACCUGCUGUGCAUGCUGUUGGGCAUCUCUUUCACUGUCUGGUUCACACUGCUCCUGGUCUUUAUCAUCGUUCCUGCCGUUUUCGGUCUGUCUUUCGGGAUCCGCAGCCUCUACAUGAAGACGCUGCUCAAGGUGUUUAAGUGGGCCACGGUGAGAAUGGAAAGAGGAGCCAAGGAGAAGAACCAUCUUCUGUACAAGCCUUACAGUCUUAAUGGCAUCAUUGCUAAAGAACCAACGUCGCUGGAGGAGGAGCUCAAAGAGAUUCGGCGGAACGGCAGCGGACGAGAGUUGGACGGCUCCGCCUCCACCACCGCCGGCCCCUCCCCUUCCUCGUCGGAGUUUGACAUGUCAGACACCUUCUACUUCUGCCGCCGGGGGAUCGAAAGCAUCGUAGACGACGAGGUUACCAAGCGUUUCACGGCAGAGGAGCUCGAGUCCUGGAACUUGCUGACCCGAAGCAACUAUAACUUCCAGCACAUCAGCUCCAGACUGACGGUGCUGUGGGGUCUCGGCGUUGUCAUCCGUUAUGGGUUCCUGCUGCCUCUCAGGUUGACGUUAGCGAUCACGGGAGUCAGCCUGUUGGUUGUCUUCACCACCAUGAUUGGUUUUCUGCCCAGCGGGAGGGUGAAAAAUUUUCUCAGUGAGAAAGUGCAUCUGAUGUGCUACCGUAUCUGCGUGAGAGCGCUGACUGCCAUCAUCACAUACCAUCACAGUGAAAAUAAACCCAAGAAUGGAGGCAUCUGUGUCGCCAACCACACGUCACCCAUUGACGUCAUUAUACUGGCCAGUGACGGAUGCUAUGCGAUGGUGGGUCAGAUCCAUGGGGGCCUGAUGGGGCUUAUUCAGAAGUCUAUGGUGAAAGCUUGUCCACACGUCUGGUUCGAGCGCUCAGAAGUCAAAGAUCGCCAUCUAGUGGCUAAAAGGUUGAGCGAUCACGUAAAGGACAAAAGCAAACUGCCCAUCCUCAUAUUCCCUGAAGGCACCUGCAUUAAUAACACAUCAGUCAUGAUGUUCAAGAAAGGAAGCUUUGAAAUUGGCUCAACUGUCUACCCGGUCGCCAUAAAGUAUGACCCUCGGUUUGGGGAUGCCUUCUGGAACAGCAGUAAGUUUGGGAUGGUGAAUUAUCUGCUCAGGAUGAUGAGCAGCUGGGCCAUCGUCUGCAGCGUGUGGUACCUGCCUCCGAUGAGACGACAGGAAGGUGAGGAUGCAGUACAGUUUGCUAACAGAGUAAAGGCAGCCAUUGCCAGACAGGGUGGUCUGGUGGACCUGCUGUGGGAUGGCGGGUUGAAACGAGGAAAAGUGAAAGACACUUUCAAAGAGGAGCAACAAAAACUCUACAGCAAGAUUUUGGUUGGAACGCAAGAGGACCGCAGUCGUUCUUGAGGAGAGGAACGUGAAUCAGGUGAGGGCCUGGAGGCCGAGAGACGCUCCUGACACCUGGACAGCGGCGUUGCGCUUUUGUUUUACAUCACGUAGCAAGAACUGUCCAUGUUAAAUUGUUCACCAGAGGACCGAGGCAUGUCCAGUGUUCGGUCAGAUCAUGAUCAAAACACCACGAGACGUGUUUUGAAGCGUAAUGUUCCUUUGAACGAAGUCAAUGUAGCGUGAUUCAGUCUGUAGUGGCCAAGUUGCCCGUGAGGAGUCAUAAGGACGCAAUACAGCGGUUUAAUGGGUUCUUUCUCUUUUUUGUUCUUUUUUUAAUUUAUGGUUUCUAUUUCUUUUAUUAUCACUUACUCUUAACGUGUCAUUAGGACGCAGUAAACUAUUAAAUUUGAUGGCCACGUAUGGCUGACGGAAACGCCUCAUCAGGCUCAUCGUAGGUGUCCGAAAGCAUCUCUGCUGUACUUCUGCUGCGCGGAUCACUUUAAUCCUGGAUUUUAACAGGAGGAAUCAGCAGAAAUAUGCAUGGAAAACCUGCAGUUUAUUUUGAGGACAUCAAGAUAUCCUGACCUUUGCAGAUGAAUCAUCUGCAUUAACUUUUCAAAAUACCUCUGUUAUAUGUUGUUUGUUUUUGCUCAUCUACGAUUGAAAGAUCCAGACCUCUUUUUCAUUUGCAUUUCCAUCUGGGAGUCAAAUCAUAUGAGUCUUAAUGACAUUGGCCAAGUGAUGGCCAAUUGAAAACUCUAUGAAGUGUUGUUCAGGUUCUGCAUACAUUCAAAUUCAAAUGAAAGCCAUUACUUGUGAAGUUCAAACAACACUAUGCAGCAUGUACUUUAUACGCAACCAGUGUUUCCUACGGGAUUUUUUCUUUUUAGAUCAACCAACCCAAACACGUUUUCAACACUUCAGUAACAUUUUAUUAUUAUUUAAAAAAAACCCUACCAUUCUUAACGAAGUCUUAAACAAGGUGUAAGACCUCAAAUCAAAAAAAUUAGCGGCGCAAUGUCCUGAAUAUCAGAGCAGAAAACGCUGUAUGCAACUAAUUAGCUCUUAAAACUAAAACACUAAAGGGCUCGUAAUGAAUGUGCAACCGUAAUCAGAAAAGCUGUGUCUGAAAUCGCGUACUCUGUGAAUAGGCGCUUCUUUAGAGUGAGUAAUUACUUUCUGAGCGCUAAAAUGUAUUUUAUAUGGUGUGAACGUGUGUCGUAUGAAUGAGAUCCAGAUACUGCAUUUGUUGUUGCCUUACUGUUCUUCACAAAUCCUGUCCCGUGGCGUUAUCUGGAUAUGUUUUGUAUGCUAUUUUAUGAAUACUGUGAAUCUGAAUGUUUUUCACCCGCUAUAUAGUAAAGGAAGUAUGCGAUUACAGAUGCAGCCCAUGUGUAGCAAGGGUCGUUCACAUUUCAGUGCUUCGUUUGGUUACUACCACCGACGAGCAAGAUGUUUGGUUAGCCAACUAAAUUCGCUUUUUGACAAUGUUAGUUUGGAUCGGAUGAUGCUUGAUUUGCAAAUUCUUAAAGGGGUAGUUCCCCCAAAAAUUAAAACUGUUGUUCCAAGAUUCCAGCGACCAAGCACUUUGGGUGUCCACAUCAGAUGCGACGCCAUCGAAUCAAUCCAAAAUCACUGCCAGACAGAAGUGGGUGUGUCCGGAAGCGCAAUGAAAUGAAUAAAUAUAUAGCAGCGAUGGAUUCUGUUUACACUAAUCGAAAAUAGCAGCAUUAUUUAGUGAUAUGCUAUUUACGCUAAGUGCAAAAGAAUGCAACUUAUUGAGCGUAAAUGUUGAUUUUGAUUCAAAUGAUUAAAUGGAUGCCAUGGUUGACACCCUUACUGGGACAAUAACCUACCCUAGUACCCAAUUAUUUUCAACUUUUUGAUUACUUCCUUAAUUUGCAUUGGAAAUAAAUGCAUUUCUGAUGUGAUUUGAAAUUUAAAAAGGGAGAAAGAAAUUUGUUAGGAGGCGGAUUCCAACCCAGGUCCAUCGUGACCGGCUUUUGUAAUGAUGACUAGCCCAAUCAAUUAUUGAAUGUACAUACUGAGCUGCUUUCAGUAUGGCUUAAAAGUCAACACAAUACGAUAUUCCAACUCCCAUUUGACACGUUUAUCUUUAAUAAAGCACAUGAUCACCUGAGGAUUAUCGGUAGCACUUUAUUUUGCAGUCCUGUUCCUCGUGUACAUACUAUGUACUUACUGUAGUAAUUACAAUAACUAGGUAUUAACCCUAAACCUAACCCUACCCCAUAUAGUUACCUUAUAUUACAGUACAGUUUUCAGAACACAAAUGAUAUUUUUGAUGAAUCUGACAGCCUUCUGACCCUGAAUAGACAGCGACGCAAUUACCACACGACUUCAGUGAUUGGUAUAUAAUGGUUAUAAUUUUAUAAAGCUGCGAGAGUACUUUUUAUGUGCAAGGAAUACAAAAAUAGCUAAAAUAACAUUAUUUUUGUUUUUGCACACACAAAGUGUUCUCGUAUCUUGAUCAAAUAAACACUGAUGUCCUUGCUACCUUUCUGGGCCUUGAACAUGGUGGUACCAUUGGUGUC